AUGGACAGCUAUUUCGUCUGUUUUUCCCAGGCUGCCACCAGUGAACGUGUGCAUGAAGGUGACGAGAAUGUAGAGCGAGGUAACUGGUCCUCGAAGACUGACUACUUGCUCUCAGUGAUCGGUUCUGCUGUGGGUUUGGGCAAUGUAUGGAGAUUCCCGUACCUGGCUUACAGAAAUGGAGGAGGUGCUUUCCUUAUUCCCUACAUUCUGAUGCUGGCAGUCACUGGGAUGCCAAUGUUUUUCUUAGAAACUUCCUUUGGGCAGUUUGCCAGCCUUGGACCGGGUGCAGUGUGGAAAGCCGUGCCCAUGUUACAGGGUGUGGACAUAAAUUUCGUUGUAUUUGCAGCAUUUGACUGCAUUUCAUAUACCUGCAUCCUCGCCUACAGUCUGUACUACCUGUUUGCAUCCUUCCAAUCACCAUUGCCGUGGGCAGAGUGCUUCAGUUGGUGGGGAGCAGAUGAAACAUGCAGCAGGACUCCCAAAGAUCCACUCUGCAAUCUCACUCUGAAUGAUGGAUGUUUUGAAAUCGUUAAUACAACAUGGCUGCAGGCAAACAAUGAAUCUUGUCCAAAUGGAUCAGAAAUCUCCAUUCCUCAGCAGGGCCCGAGUGAGCAAUAUUGGGAUAAAGCAGUUUUACGCCGUUCCAGUUCAAUGGAUGAGACGGGGGAGAUAAUCUGGUAUUUAGCCCUCUGCCUGCUUCUUGCCUGGCUAAUAGUUGGGGCAGCAUUAUCAAAAGGAAUCAAAUCUUCAGGAAAGAUGGUUUAUUUCACUGCGACGUUCCCUUACGUGGUUCUGACCAUACUCCUGAUCCGAGGGAUUACCCUGGAGGGAGCUUCUAAAGGAAUUGAAUUCUACAUCGGAAGCCAGUCAGACUUCUCCAGACUGGCUGAUGCUGAGGUUUCGGUUUGGUCUUCAUUGCCUACCCAGAGGCCCUUGCACAGUUGCCGUGGGCACCAUUAUGAAACAGUUAUGACAGCCCUGCAGGACCAGUUCCCUACAUUGCUCCGAUCAAAGCGCCUUCUUCUGACAGCUGGCAUUUGUUCGUUAUUUUAUCUGCUUGGCCUUCUAUAUGUGACACAGGCUGGGAUUUACUGGUUAAAUUUUAUGGAUCAUUACGCUAUGAACUGGAUUCUCGUUAUAACAGCUCUCCUGCAACUCAUCGGUCUCAGCUGGAUCUAUGGGUCAAACAGAUUCAUCAAGGACAUUGAGAUGAUGAUUGGGGAAAGGACUUGGCUCUUCUGGCUCUGGUGGAGAAUGUGUUGGAUUCUGAUCUCUCCAUGUUUGCUGGUGGCAGUCUUAAUCUGGUCCUUAGCAACACUCACCCCUCCAACAUAUGGACCUGUUGAAUACCCUGUCUGGUCAGGAGCACUGGGCUGGUGUAUGGCCAUCUUUUGUAUUAUGUGGAUCCCCAUUGUGGCUGUGGUGAGAGUUGUCCAAGCUGACGGCCCCACCUUGUGGCAGAAAAUAUCUGCUGCUUGCACAUCAGCUCCUGAUUGGGGUCCGUACUUGAAACAACACAGAGGGGAAAGAUAGAGGAAGACGCCUGACUCUACAGAAGACCCAAACUGUGUGCACCUUCUGGUCAUUCCUGAGAAG